UUCAAAAUGGCAAAAGAAUUUUAAUUUUUUGAUUUGAAUUACUAGGUUUGAUUACACAACCAACGGAUUAUGUCAUCAAACCUUAGAAUUCAAAGCAAAAAUAACACACAAUACGUAAUAUUCAUAGCACAAUUUCAACAAACAAAGAAAAAAAGAAUCGACAUGUCAAAUAAUAGAAAAAAUCAAUUACGAAUUUACAAAAUUACCUAAUUGAUUAAUUUAGUAAUACAGUUGCUACUAAUUUACUAACCAAAUAAAAUUGAUUAAAAUAGAUAGGUACGAAUAAUAUUGGAAUUAUCAUGGAAACAGUUAAUCUACCAACAGAAAAUGCUCAAGAACCAAGUGAAGAAGCUCAGCAACCAACCUUUGAUACAAACAUGUCAUUCAAAAAAAGUAAAGCAAAGAAAAACAAUAUUAGAUUUUCAACAACAGCUGAAAAUCCUGUAUCUCAGACAAAUAGUUAUAAGGAUUUCCUUAGCCAACCGGCUGCAGGUCUCUCCCACCGCGAGAGACUGCUGUGGCUACAGAGACGACGUACAUCGGGCUUGUGGGUGCAAUGCGACGACUGUGACCGCUGGCGGUACCUGGACCACGUCAUUGACAGCCGCGAACUGCCUGAGAAAUGGUAUUGUCGGAUGAAUCCAGAUAAUACGAUCGCGAGCUGCUCUGCUCCUGAAGCUGCCAUUCCGUUACGGGAUGAAGAAGAUCUAAUCCACAGCGAGUAUUCCGCUGGGUCGGUAGUGUGGGCACGCCUACCCGGUUGGCCCUGGUGGCCUGGUAUGGUUGACGAUUGUCCGGAUACUGAACAAUUCUAUUGGCUGGACGGCUUCUCUGAUAUACCAACAUAUUACAAUGUCGUCUUCUUUGACUCCCUUGAAGUUACAAGAGCUUGGAUAAAACCUAAUCAACUAAAACCAUACAGUAUCAAUAAGAAAAAAAUGUAUAAUGUUCUUAAAAAUAAGAAAUACAUGAAGCGCUUGGAAGCAGCUGCGAGGCAGGCCGAGGAUGCCAAUAUGCUGCCAUUAGAGAAUCGACUGUCUAAAUAUAGUUUCAUAAAUAGAUACAACGGAUCAAUUAAUGAACCAAAAAAAAUUAUGAAAGAAUCGUUGAAAAAGUUUACAAAUCAAUUAAAACGGAAACUUCACAUCGAGUUGUCUAGUGAGAGCUCUUGUAGUGAUUCAGAAUACGACAAGACUCCACCUAAAAUAACGUCUAAUGAAAAAUCUAAUGUUACUAUUUUGGGAAAGCCAAAAGAAAAAAAUAUUACUAAAAACAGGGUAAUAAAUAACAAUAUUGAUGUUAACACAAUAACACCAGAAGACAUUUCCGCAGAAAGCCAACUACUGGAUGACACCAAUACCAGUACUUCAGCUAUAAUAACUGUAAAUGCAAAAAAUCCGCCAGAUUCCAUGGCGGUACAAAUAGGUAACUCCCAGGUGGCUAAUGAUUCCAGUGUCGAUGGUUUAGUACCAAAAAUGCACAUUAUCAACACUGAUAAAGACACUUCGGUUGGAUCACCGCGCAGCAGCCGUACAGGCGAAGUCUUAGCUCACAUACCGUCAUCGGGUAGUGACGACUUUGAAUUUUAAUUUUUACUUUAUGUAUUUUUUUGUGUUAUAUUUAAAAUAUGCUAUUUACGAUUUUUUCUCUUAUCCAAAGUCAUUACAAUAGAAUUGCGUAUC